UAACUGAAACAGAAAACAAGAUUCAGAUUCUGGCUUUGGGUCUGAAUUGGCUAAACAGACAUCUUCCAGAUCUGCAAGUACUUCUUUAGAUCUCCACUUCCUCCCUGGUCCUCUCAACUCUUCACAGAAAAUGAAUUGAUUAAUUACUGAGAGAGGAACCACGAAAAGGACCAUGAGAGUAUCAUCUGCCUCCGCCACAGACGACCGCCUGGCCAGCCUCAGCGGCGGCGGAUAUCGGGAUGCCGAGUCACUCUUCCGCUCGAAGCCGAUAUCUGAGAUCCGGAAUGUCGAAUCGACAACUAAGAUGCAGAUCCAGGACAAGAAAGAGGAGCUCCGGCAACUAGUAGGCACACGGUACCGCGACCUUAUCGAUUCGGCUGACUCUAUCGUCCACAUGAAGUCCUCCUGUGAGUCCAUCUCCUCCAACAUCUCCUCAAUCCACAACCACAUUCGCUCUCUCUCUUCCUCUCCCGUGUCCGAGACCCCCAAGCUGGCAAGCUCUAACCCCGCUCGUGUUGGAGUCUACGGUAUUGCGUGCCGGGUCAAAUACUUGGUCGACACGCCUGAGAACAUCUGGGGUUGUCUCGAUGAAUCCAUGUUUCUAGAGGCCGCCGGGAGGUAUGUGCGUGCCAAGCACGUGCAGCACAAGCUUACAACGCAAGGCAGCGGCUCCGAGCUGGAUCACACCAAGGUUUUGGCGAAUUUCCCGCUACUGCAGCACCAGUGGCAGAUCGUGGAGAGCUUCAAGGUGCAGAUUUCGCAGAGGAGUCGGGAGCGCUUGCUGGAUCGCGGACACGGCAUUGGGGCUUAUGCGGACGCGUUGGCUGCCGUGGCAGUGAUCGAUGAGUUGGAGCCCAAGCAGGUGCUGGGGCUGUUUCUGGAAUCGAGGAAGACUUGGAUUCUGCAGAAACUGACCACUUGUGCUGGUAAUGCUUCUUGUUCUGCUGUGGUCUCCGUGUUUCGCGAUGUGAUGAGUGUGAUUCAGAUAAGUGUAGGACAAGUAGGGGAAUUGUUUUUGCAGGUCUUAAAUGACAUGCCUAUGUUUUAUAAGGUUAUUUUGAGUUCACCCCCUGCUUCUCAGUUAUUUGGUGGAAUUCCAAAUCCUGAGGAGGAGGUUAGGUUAUGGAAGUCAUUUAGGGACAGGUUAGAAUCUGUGGUGGUGAUGCUCGAUAAAGAGUACAUUGCUAAGACUUGUUUAAGUUGGUUGAGAGAUUGUGGCAGAGAGAUUGUCAAUAGGAUUAAUGGGAGGUAUUUGAUUGAAUCCAUUGGUACUGGCAAAGAUCUUGGGUCAGCUGAGAAGUUGAUACGGGAGACCAUGGAUGGUAAGGAAGUGUUAGAGGGCAGUUUGGAGUGGCUCAAAAGUGUGUUUGGAUCUGAAAUUGAGCAGCCCUGGAAUAGGAUCCGGGAACUUGUUUUGGAGGAUGAUUCAGAUCUCUGGGAUGAGAUCUUCGAGUUUGCUUUUGUUCAGAGAAUGAAGUCAAUUAUCAACUCAGGAUUUGAGGAUUUAACAAAAACUUUGAAUGUAGCAGAGUCUGUUCAUGCUAUUGGGGAGAACGUGGAUUUUCAGGCAUGCUUAAACAGACCUUCUACAGAUGGUGGUGUUUGGUUUAUAGAAUCCAAUGCAAACAAAGUUGGUGGUCCAAUUUUGGGGCACAAAUCAUCCCUUGAAGAGGAUGAUUUUCAAAGUUGUCUCAAUUCUUAUUUUGGUCCGGAAGUCAGUAGAAUCAAAGAUACAGUCGACUGCUGCUGCCAGAGUGUGCUGGAUGACCUCCUGUUUUUCUUAGAAUCUCCUAAGGCAGUUCUGCGGUUAAAUGAUCUGGCUCCAUAUAUACAGAAUAAAUGUUAUGAGAGUAUAUCUUUGGUGCUGGUAGAACUCAAAAAAGAGCUUGAUAAUCUGCAUGCUUCCAUGGAGAAUGUAGACAAGGAAGGUCAACAAGUGCCUCCUGCUAUAAUUGUUGAGAGAGCACUUUUUAUUGGGCGCCUCUUUUUUGCAUUCCGAAGCCACUCAAAACACAUUCCAGUAAUACUUGGUUCUCCAAGAUUCUGGUCGAAAGAAACUGUUGCUGCUGUUUUUGAUAGGUUGCCAUCCCUCUUGAGGCAAUCUAGAGUUGCCACUGAUUCUUUGGUGACUGACAGCCCUGGCAGGCAGACACCAGCUGGUCCUAGAAGACAGACCUCAUCUGCUACUGCAGCUUUGCUCGGAGCAAAUGAAAAUGCAAGCCCGAAACUUGAAGAACUUAACAAAACAAUGCAAGGCCUAUGCACUAAAGCUCACAUCUUCUGGAUAUUGUGGUUGUCCAAUGAGCUUUCAAUUAUUCUCUCUCAAGGCCUUGGACAAGAUGAUGGAUUGUGUGCGAUGACUCCUUUGAGGGUGCAUGCUAUGUUCUUGUUGACAUUUGUCAUGUUAUU